AUGGUCAGCAUCUCGCCGGCUGAUGAAGUGAAUGAGAUUUCUCUGAUGGGUCGAUUGUUCGAAUCACUGACAAAACAGAUCAAUGACAACAGUGGUAUGGACAAAUUGCUUCCCGGCUAUCUGCGUAUGAACACGGAUGGAAUCAAAAUUGUGAAGUUAGACGAUAUGCAACCGUUUGAGAAGUAUACCCUAACCCAGUCCACAAUUGAUUACCUUAAGAAACCGACAUUCGAUAUUUGGCAUUGGGAGCCAAAUGAGAUGUUGGCACUACUCGAACACAUGUACACGGAACUGGGUCUGGUGGAAGAGUUCCACAUCAACCCGAUUACAAUGAAACGGUGGCUGUUAUUGCGUAGCCGAAAUGCAAAAAUGUUGACAAUCGGCGAGGCUCUAUGGAUCAAAUUGCAUCAUACCGUUUUGUGCCCCCAAAAGUUAGAACGACGUAUGGUCCCAUGUCAUGAAACUUCUCAUAAAAUACUAGGGCUGAACUAA